AUGCGUCUUGAUCUCACUCUUCUAGUGGGCCUCGCUGGGCCAUUAGCAGCAGUUCCCAUCCUGGACAGCUAUGUCAGCUUCCGGACCGUCCCUUCUGGAGCAGCAGCCUCUACUACCGGCACCGAUGCUGCGUGCCCCUGUGACAACGAGGCACCUGCUACCUCGACAGCCUCAGCUGGGUUGGUCACCUCAGGAUUAACAUCAGCACCACCAGCUGUAGUCACUGCGACUUCUACUCUCACCACUUCUGUUGCACCCUCUUCUGGUGAAGUCGGAAGUGGCAGCACCACUGUUUCAGCGUCUUCUUCGACUGUCAACCUACGCGCAACGACAACAACCACAACCGUUACGAUGACCAGACCAGCUUCAAGCGCUGCAGCCGACCCUGCCUUCACCACCAAAGGCUCUCAUCACCACCAGGCCCAUAAUUCGGAUGGUGAAGCACACAGGUCCGACCAUGGUUGGAACUCUCCCAAUCGUGACUUUGGCUCCGCUAAAGAGUCCAAGCUGCUCCGUCGCCACAAAGACGAGAAGGAUAAGGACUUGCUUCUGAAGGAGAAAGAAAUGGAAGUGCAGUACCUCGAGAAGAAAAGUGAGAGAUUGUGGAAAGCGGCACAUGGUUGGGGAAAGCUACUUGUGCAAUAUGCCGCAAUUUUCAAAAAUACAUGUGACAAGGCGAAUCCCCAAGAAAUAACGAAGACGGGCAAGUCGGUAAAAAAGAUCAUCGAGGAGAAGCGGCUUGUUCUAAACCAGAUCAAGUCGGUGAGCGAUCGAGCUCAUCGUUAUGCACGCAUACAGGAAAAAUGGUUGCUUGACGCCAAGAAGGAGCUUGAGAUUGCCCAGUGGGAAAAGGCAGCGAGAGAGGUACAGGGCAUGAGCCAUGAAGAAAUUCUUCGCAAAGAGGAUUUUGGGAAGCAUGCUUCAAGCCACAACCCUAAGAAGCGCUCAGAAGCCAAAGAUGCCGGGGAGCAUAACAAGCAGAAGCAGGAGAAGAAGAAUGAGAAGGAGAAGGAGAAUGAGAAGGAGAAGGAGGGCAAAGCCGCCAAACACAAGGACGAAAAGUCUUACGGCAAGGAAGACAAAAAGACCGAUGCUACCAAAGAAGAGGCUACUGAGAAAUUCUCACUUGAGCAGUAUGAAGACACUCUCUAUGGAAAUGUUGGAGACCAGAUCAAGGAGAAGCUAGGGAAUGAUAAGAGCAAAGAUCAUCACUCUGUCAUUGAGAAGGGAGAGAAGCCCGCUUUCGUGAUCACCAAGGAGUACAAGGUCUACAAGUGCAACGGCGAAAAUGGCUGCAAGGAGGACUUUGGGUCACUAGAGGUACAGGCCAAGGACGCGAAGAAGGAGAAGGAGGCGGAGAAGGAGAAAGGCCAAGGGGAGGACUGGUAUGAUCUAGAAGGCGAUCCUCCAAUGCUUGCUGAUGGGGACGAGGCUGAGCAGCUGAAGCGUCUCCAACAGCUCUACAUGCAAUGGCGUGGCAUGCUUGUCGAGGCUAUUCGCAAGGACCUCGACCCGAUCCUCAAGAACGAGGAGUUCCCGGAGGAUACCAAGAUGGCAGCGAAGCAUAUGAAAGGGAAUGAAAAGGAUCAGCGCAAGCGACUGUCCGAUAUCUACAUGAGCUAUCACUACAUGCUUCUUGAAAAGUACAGGAAGCUGCUCGACCCUAUUCUUCACGCCGACCACCAAAAGACCAACUGA